AUGAGAAAGCAUGGCAACAAUGCUGCGUGGGUCUGCCACCUCCCCCCGCCAGAUUUCCAGUCACAAGGCUCUCUCCGGCGGCUGCGCAGGCCGACUUUCCUGAGGAUGAGGGAGCCUCGCCCCUGGGGGAGAUGCGUGGGGGCCACGCUCACUUCCUUCUUUCUCCUGGGCUGCUGGGGACUGUCCGAUUUCCAGCAGAGGGAGCGGAUCGGGGCCCCCCUCCGGGGCAGGAAGACACUGGAGGGCUGGGCGGGGGCGAGCGCGCAGGAGCGGCCUCCUCUGUCCCGCAGCGCCGCCAUUCCACGUGGCCCCACUCGCCUGCAUGUCUCUUCGCCACCGCCUUCCCGCCUCCUCACGGCCUCCUUCCCCGGCAAGCAUGUGCUGAACACCUCUCGCCGGCUCCUGAGGCGGCCGCCCCGUCUCUGCUUCACGGGAGGCCGAGCCCCGCUGCCCCUGGGCGCGGUGGCCAGGGUCACCUAUUGCUCGGGCCACUUGGAGGGUCACAUCCUGGUGGGCGCGGACAGGUUCCACGUCCGGCCAGUGUGGAGGCGGCACUGGGCGCUGCUGCCUCCCCGGGUUCGUGCCCAGCCCCACCAGAUCCACAGCCCCGUCCCUGAGGCCCCCCUGGUCACCGAGGAGAAAGCGGAGGAUCAGGCCCCCUGGCUCCAUAAACUCCAUAGUGAACCUUUGCUCUCAGCCCCGCCCCCUCCCUCACCAGACCUUCCUCCUACCCCUCGCCGCCUCCGGAGAUGGGCUGCCGACAGGGUCCUGCACCUGGAGCUGCUGGUGGCCGUGGGCCCCGACGUCUACCAGGCUCACCAGGAGGACACGGAGCGCUACGUGCUCACCAACCUCAACAUGGGGUCCGAGCUGCUGAGGGACCCAUCCCUGGGGGCUCAGUUCCGAGUGCACCUGGUCAAGCUGGUGAUCCUGACCCAGCCCGAGGAUGCUCCGAAAAUCACAGCCAACAUCACGGCCUCACUGCUGAGCGUCUGUGAGUGGAGCAGGACAGUCAGCGCAGAGGAAGACGCCGACCUGGUCCUCUACGUCACCAGGUUUGACCUGGAGCUGCCCGAUGGGAACCGGCAGGUCCGGGGGGUCACCCAACUGGGGGGCAUCUGCUCGCCGUCCUGGAGCUGCCUCAUCACUGAGGAUACCGGCUUCGACCUGGGGGUCACCAUCGCCCAUGAGAUUGGGCACAGCUUGGGUCUGGAACACGAUGGGGAGCCCGGGAGCGGCUGCGGGCCCAGUGGCCACGUGAUGGCGUCGCAGGACGGGGCACCGGCCAGGGGUGACUUGUCGUGGUCCGCCUGCAGCCGUCAGCAACUGCUGCGCCUGCUCAGACAGGACAUGUGCCAGGCUCUCUCCUGCCAUGAGGACCCUCUGGACCAGAACACGUGUAGCCGCCUCCUGGUUCCCCUCCUGGACGGGACGGAGUGUGGCGUGGAGAAGUGGUGCUCCAAAGGCCACUGCCGCUCCCUGGCAGAGCUGACCCCCGUGGGGGCGGUGCACGGGCACUGGUCUAGCUGGGGUCCCCCCAGUCCCUGCUCCCGCUCCUGCGGGGGAGGGGUGGUCACCAGGAGGAGGCAGUGCAGCAACCCCAGGCCUGCCUUUGGAGGGCGUGCAUGUGUGGGUGCUGACCUCCAGGCGGAGAUGUGCAACACCCAGGCCUGUGAGAAGACCCAGCUGGAGUUCAUGUCGGAGCAGUGCUCCCAGACGGACGGAACGCCGCUCCGCGUCUCCGCAGGCAACGCCUCCUUCUACCGCUGGGGCCCCGCCGAACAGUACAGCCGAGGGGACGCUCUGUGCAGACACGUGUGCCGAGCCAUCGGCGAGACCUUCAUAAUGAGGCGUGGGGACAGUUUCCUGGAUGGGACCCGGUGUGUGCCAAGUGGCCGGCGGGAGGACGGGACCCUGAGCCUGUGCGUGGCGGGCAGCUGCAGGACGUUCGGCUGUGACGGCAGGAUGGACUCCCGGCAGGUGCGGGACGCGUGCCAGGUGUGCGGAGGGGACAACAGCACGUGCAGCCCCCACCACGGCUCCUUCACGGCCGGAAGGGCCAGAGAGUAUGUGACGUUCCUGACGGUCACCCGCAACCUGACCAGCAUAUUCAUCAGCAACAGGAGACCUCUCUUCACACACUUGGGUGAGCCGGGCAGAGGGGCACUCACCAGAGUUUACAGGCGCUACGGCGAGGAGUAUGGUGACCUCGCCAGCCCAGACAUCACCUUCACCUACUUCCGGCCGAAGCAGCCUCGGGCCUGGGUGUGGGCCGCCGUGCGGGGGUCCUGCUCGGUGAGCUGUGGGGCAGGGCUGCGCUGGGUGACCUACAGCUGUCUGGACCAGGCCAGGAGCGAGUGGGUGGAGGCCACCCGGUGCGAAGCGAGCCAGCGGCCGGCAGCGUGGUCCGAGGCCUGCUCCCCCAGGCCCUGCCCCCCACAGUGAGUGCUGUCUGCGCUCAGCUGUGGCCACUGGGCUCUUGCCCCGGGGGGCCCCGUAGCACAGGCUCUCGUGGGGUCCCUUCAGUGCCCUGGGAGGUGUUGUGUCAGUGCCCCCAUUCUGCAGGUGAGGUCACUGAGAUUUGGGCAAGCACGGGGGCAGCGUGUGCCUGUGUCGAGCUCACUGCAAGGUGGAGGCCGUGAGGUUCAGGGGGGACAUUGCCCCGCUGCCCGGCACCGAGCACCAGGCCUGCAGCUGGCAGUGCUGAAAACCUGCCACUCCCAGCCUCGCGCCGGCAGGCGCCAGGUGCCAGACCCGUGCCCGUCAUCAUGUGGAGGAGACCUGGCUUCCCAGAAUGGGACAUGUGUGCCCGGGGCAGGUGGCCCAGAGGCCACAGCCGGGCCCUGCUCCACAGAGGAGAAACCGCCUGCCCUCGAGUCGUGUGUGGCCACGACGUGUCCUCCGGCCCAGGACCCCCCAGACCCCCAGUCUCUGGAGCAGGAGGCCACACCCACAUCGGGCCGUGCCAGGCCGGGGGCCCCCGCCACACACGUGUGGACUCCCGUGGCCGGGCCGUGCUCUGUCUCCUGCAGCCGAGGCCUGAAGGAGCUGCGUUUCGUGUGCGUGGACUCUGUCCUGGGGACCCCCGCCCGGGAAGAGCUGUGUGAUCUGGGAAGCAAGCCUGGGAGCCGGCGGGAGGUCUGCCAGGCUGCCCCAUGCCCGGCUUGGUGGGAGGCCCGAGCCUUGGCACCGUGCCCGGUGACCUGUGGAGGGGGGCGGGUGCCGCUGGCUGUUCGCUGCGUGAGGCUGGACCGCGGCCGCCCCCUUCCCCUGCCUCACUCCAAGUGCUGGCCGCUGCCCAGGCCCCGCGCCGUCGAGGCCUGCAGUCCGGAGCCCUGCCCUGCCAGGUGGCAGUACAAGCUGGCAGCCUGCAGCGUGAGCUGCGGAGGAGGGGUUGCACAGAGGAUCCCGUACUGUGCCCGAGCCAAGGGGGAGGACCAGGAAGAGGAGGUCUUGCCGGAUACCCAGUGCCAGGGGCUGCCUCGCCCGGAGCAGCAGGAGACGUGCAGCCCGGAGCCCUGCCCGCCCAGGUGGAAAAUCAUGUCCCUUGGUCCGUGCUCAGCUAGCUGCGGCCUGGGCACCGCCACGCGCUCUGUGGCCUGUGUGCAGUUCAGCCAAGGCCGGGACCUCGAGGUGGACGGGGCAGCCUGUGCGGGUUUGGUGCGGCCGCAGGCCAGCAUUCCCUGCGUCACCGCCGAAUGCACCUACCGGUGGCAUGUCAGCACCUGGACACAGUGCUCUGUCUCCUGUGGGGAUGGCACCCAGCGCCGGUACCAUGCCUGCCUUGGACCCCAGGCCCGGGCGCCGGUGCCAGCCAGCUUCUGCCAGCACUUGCCCAAGCCAACCACUGUGCAGAGCUGCUGGGCCAGGCCCUGUGCCGGGCAGGGGACCCCCAGCACCGCACCCCACAAGGAAGCCACUGCUGGUGCUUCUCCAGAGAGGCCCCAGCCCCAGGCCCAGCCCCUCUCCCCAGCUCCCCGGCUUCAGCGGCUUCUGCCUGGGCCCCAGGAAAGCCCCGCUGAGUCCAGCGUCUGUGGCCGGCAGCACCUUGAGCCGACAGGAACCAUUGACAUGCGAGGUCCAGGGCAGGCUGACUGUGUAGUGGCCAUCGGGCGUCCCCUGGGGGAAGUGGUGACCCUUCAAGUCCUCGAGAGUUCCCUCAACUGCAGUGCUGGGGACAUGUUGCUGCUCUGGGGCAGGCUCACGUGGAGGAAGACGUGUGGGAAACUGGCGGGCAUGACUUUCAGCUCCAAAACCAACACGCUCGUGGUGCGGCAGCGCCGCGUGCGGCUGGAAGGUGGCGUUUCGCUUCGGUACUGGAGCCGGCCUGCCGUGGGGACCGCCCACAGAGAGUGUGACACGCAGCUCUUUGGACCCUGGGGUGAAAUCGUGAGCCCCUCGAGGAGUCCAGAUGGGAGAAGCCUGGGGGGCUGCCGCGUCUUCAUCAGUGUGGCUCCAGGGGCCCGGAUUGCCAUCCAUGCCCUGGCCACCAGCAUGGGCACAGGGACUGAUGCCAGCUACAUCUUGAUCCGGGACAUCCACAGCCUGAAGACGGGGACAUUCCGUGGGCAGCAGGCACUCUACUGGGAGUCCGAGGGAAGCCAGGCAGAGAUGGAGUUUAGCCGGGGCUUCAUGGAGGCCGGCGCUAGCCUGCGGGGCCUGUACUGGACCCUCCGAUCGAGAGUGCAGGAGCCUGGCUACACCGCCCCCUAGCUUCCUCAACCCGCACAAACCUCCAGUGACCGUGUGCACAGCGGGAGGCCUGGAAGGGAAAGGAAGGACCUCGACAUUUACCAGCACCUGUUAGGUGCCUGGCGAGCCCCAGAGGGUUGACGCUGGUCUCUGAGUGCUUUCCAAUUUGAGUUCCGCCCAACCUUAAGUAUCUCCUUUAGGGCUUCCUCCAACAAGCAAAAGGCGAAGCGGUGGGAGGCAGGCACUGAACUCUCCUUCUGUCUCUGUCGAAAGGCAGUCUCCAGCCCCUCUGUACCAAUAAACGGAAUGUGCAGUCUGA